AUGGAUGACGAAUUCCAAAACUGUUCUAAUACAUCCAAUAGAUUUAUUUCAACUAAAGUAGUUAUAACUUGGAAUAAGAUAUUCGUGGCUGUUAUUUUAUACGCAAUUACAUUUGCAACUAUAUUCGGAAACGUGCUUGUGUUGAUAGCUGUAAAAAUGAAUAAAAAGUUGCAGACGACUUUUAAUUAUUAUAUAGUAAAUUUGGCGAUUACUGACGUAGCUGUUGCCGUGACUGCGAUGAGUUUUAUGGCUACACAUACUGUCCUAGGAUAUUGGCCUUUUGGAGAAGCUCUUUGCGCCGUUUGGAUAUUUUUCGAUUAUGGUAUGACAUUUGUGUCGGUGUUCACUUUAAACCUGAUAUCAGUGGACAGGUUUUGGUGUAUGAAAUGGAGUGUACACUACAGACAACAUCAUACAAAACGGAAAGGCAUCAUCUCAAUUGUAUUUGUCUGGGUGUUUAUGCUGAUCCUGUGGGUUCCACCAUGGCUAAUGGAUAGACUUAGACAUAGCAAACCGGGAGAAUGUUUUUGGGAUCCAUCAUUAAACAAAGAGUUUGUCUUUAUCUUGGCAUUACUGGGGCAUCAUGUUCCUUUUUGCAUUAUGAUUGUGAGUUAUAUUUACGUGUUUUCUUUCAUGCGUAAAAGGUCAGAAUGUAAAAACGCCAAUCGUUGUCAUACAAAAUCAACUGUAAUUAUCGAAAGACCAGAAAAAUGUGAAAAUGCCUCGAAAAAAUGUUCUUCAGCGACACCACCGGAUGAUUCAAAAGGAAGUCUAGAACAGCAAGUUUUACCGCCUCUAAUACCUUGUGCAAAUGGUGCAAAUAAUCUUGCUACUGUUCAUAUUCUUCAAAAGACUAAUACGCUGGGAAAAGACGUUCAGGAGGCUCGUCGUAAAAGUAGGUUUACUCGUGACAAAAGGUUAUUUGUAAUAAUGACCUAUAUCAUAUUAGGAUAUAGUAUUUUAUGGCUGCCUUUUCAUAUUGUGUUUGACGUAAGCAUUGCUUAUCCCGGUUGGGUGUCGAAGGGCGUAUUAAACAUAUUAUUCUGGAUGACGUAUUUUAAUUCAACGAUAAAUCCGAUAUUGUAUAACUUUAGCUGCAUCGAGUUUAGAAAGACGUUUCGAAAGAUUUUGAUUACGUAAGUGAGUUUUGAUAAUUUUUA